GUUAACAAAUUUUGUUGGUUCUACUUCCAGAAUCUUUCCAUCUCUCCAGUGCCCACAACGUGGUCCAUCUGUCACCUCCCACCUGGACAAACAUAGCAGCCUCCCUGGUCUCUGACCCUACCCCCAAAGGCAGUCACAGGGACUCACCACUUCUACCCCUCCCACACACACAGGAAGCAGGUGGCCUUGUCACCAGCAGGGUGAUAUCCGCUAUUGCUUGCUUCUCUACUCCCCCACUGUUCCUCAGGACUUCUCUGGACCAAAGCCUUUUGCCAGACCCCUUCUAGCCCCUACCCACCAUGGCCCCUUCCAGUGACAUCCUGUUCCUGCUUUUGCUCCCAGUGGCUGCGGCUCUGACAACCCCAGGUUCCUGUUCCGGAUGUGGGCCCCCCUCCCUGCCGAUGCUGGUAGGCCUCAUGGCCGCCGAUUUGGUGGUGUCGCUGCUGAUCCUUGCUGUGGUGUUUGUGUGUGCUUGCCCCCGCCGCAGGCCCACCCAAGAUGACAAAAUCUACAUGAACAUGCCUGGCAGGGGCUGACCCCCUUGUAAGUGACACCUUUGACUUCUGACCCUCUCAUCCUACAUUGUGUGUGGUGGCACAGGAUACCCACUCCCGACUUGGAUUGGAAUAAAGCAACUGAAAUACCUCUA